AUGACGACGACAGCAAGUACAUCGUCAAAUUUACCUGAUAAAGAUCAAAUUCGUAUACAUGCUCAACGUAACGGUUCGAUUGAAAGACAAAGAUUUAAUGCACUAGUUUGGAGACAAUUAUGUAAAUAUGAUGGUGGAGAAGAAUGUCAGACAUUUGUUGCUUAUAGAAGUCUUUGUAUUGAACAGUAUAAUCAAAUAACAGGUAUCACUGUUAAUGAAUCAAAACGUAGAUAA